AUGAUAACUUGGUCUUCUUGCACAGCGCUAGCCUUUGCUAAAGUUCGAGUCUUGUUUUGCCCAGGAGAAGAGGGUACUGAGCAUCCGGCUGAUCGAGCUUGGUUAUUGGAGGACUUCCAGAACGGACAACCUGUCCGGUACUCAGGUUCCCUUGAAGCUGGACAAGGGGAAACAAGGUCAGCAUGGACUGUAUCGGCCUAUGCUCAUCUAGCCUAUGAAGCUAGUGGCCGCAGUAUGGUUCUUUCCGACCUUGAGGGUUGGUUCACCUCGGUCAACAUUCUCCUCUUUGAUCCUAUGUUGCACUCUCUACAAGGGGAACUCGGCAUUGGUGAUGCUGGAGAGACCGGAAUCAAUGCUUUCAUUGAUGGUCAUCUCUGUAACCGGUUCUGCCAUGACAUCGGAUUGGAUCCUGUCAAAGCGGUCCCUGAGACUGAUCUAGCGGCUGCAGCUAGAGAAAGGGUGCUGGAAAUCGAUGAGGAUCUGCCUGAUCACCCAGUUGCCGGACCAUCGAAGCGUGGCCGUCGAGCUACAACAGUUCCAGCUAUCUCUCCAGAUAACCCCCGAGGAAGGGUAUCUACCCGGGGCAGAGGAAGGGGAAGGGGUCGGGGACAGCAUCAAGCGGCUGGCAGCCAAGGUAUGUGA